AUGUUAGGGGGUAGCCAUUUCAAGAAGAAAAUAGAAAAAAAAGAGCGUAAAAAAGAAGCUCGUAAGGCCUCACGCUCGGAGAACAAUCAUCAUCCCAAGAAGCACGUCACCUCUUCCUCAAGCGCUGUGAUUUCCUCUGAUGGGGGCAAGUCAGCCUACAAAAAUACGAACAAAAGCGUCCUUAAAGGCCCUGUCGUAUCCUAUGGCGAGGGCCCCAGCGUUACUGGUGUUCGCGAUUCCGCCAACAACCGACGGAACGUUCCCUUUCGCAAUAAGUUCGAGGAGCGGCAAUACCGCAAAAAACAUCCUCAACCCAACCCCGCUCAUGCGGGAAGGGAUGGGGCUGGGGGGAAUGCCAACCGCCCCACAAGGGCCUCGGAUCCAAAGCGCGCGCGCGGGGAGGCGGGGGGGGCCCGUCCCCCUCAAGGAAGUACUCCGACGAAUGGAAGUGCGAGCGCGAGGAAGGGGAGCGCGAACGCGAGCAGCGCGGCCCAGCGGCGGCGGGUCAUCCGACAUAAAGCCGACGACGACCUUCUCGACCACUUUCGUCAGCAGCUCAACGCGAGCACCUUUCGCUUGCUUAACGAGCAGAUUUACGGCGCCCCGACGGCCUUUGCCGGCCAACUCUUGCGGGACUCCGAGACCUUCCGGGACUACCACACCGGCUACCGCCAGCAGCUCGCCCAGUGGCCGAUCAACCCCAAUCAUCUCAUUCUGGAGGCCCUUUUAGGGGAUCGCCGAGGACGCUUUCUUCUGAAUCGCGGAAAAUGCAUGCCGGGGACAAUCCCGUCGUCGUGGGUGGUGGCGGAUAUGGGCUGCGGGGAGGCUGAGCUCGCGGCUAAGCUCCAGACGAAGGGCUACACCGUCCACUCUUUCGACUUCUGUGCGUUGAACGAGAUGGUGACCAUAGCAGAUACAACGAAGGUGCCGUUGGCGUCGAACUCCGUCGAUGUGUGCGUCUUUUCACUGAGUUUGAUGGCGACUGACUACGAAAAUAAUCUCUUCGAGGCGUUUCGGAUUCUGAAAAGUAAUCGUCUGCUCAAGGUGGUCGAGGUGCGCUCGCGGAUCCCCUCCGCGAAGAGGUUUGCUGAAAUGGUGGAGAGCAUUGGGUUUACAUUAGAUUUUCAGGAUGUUGUGGGUGAUUAUUUUGUUGCUUUUGAUUUUCUAAAAGGCAAUCAGGAGGAGGCGAAUCAAAACCUAAGCCACAUUCCUAGUGAGGUGCUUUUACCAUCUUUAUAUAAAAAACGCUAA